GCGGGGGCGGGCCGGGGUGGAGCCCAGGCCUAGAGCUCUGGAGGCUUUGGGCCCAGCCUGGGGACCAUGCAGCGGGAUGUGGGCAGCUUUCCUCUAGCCCCAGGGCUCAGGGCUAAGCUCAUCGGAGCCGGGUUCCAGACGGCCCAGGAGCUGCUGGAGAUCGGGCCCUGCGAGCUCAGCAAAGAAAUUGGAAUCUCUAAAGAGGAGGCACUAGAAACCUUGCAAAUUGUAAGAAGAGAAUGUCACAGUAAUGCAAAGACUGCUGGUGAUCCGGAAGCUGUUGGGAAGUGCACAGCACUAGAACUCUUGGCAGAAGAACAGGCACAAGGCUUCAUCAUCACCUUUUGUUCAGCUUUAGAUGAUAUUCUGGGAGGUGGUGUGCAACUAACAAAAAUCACGGAGAUCUGUGGAGCACCAGGUGUUGGGAAAACCCAGUUAUGUAUGCAGCUGGCAGUAGAUGUGCAGAUUCCAGAAUGUUUUGGGGGGCUUGCUGGAGAAGCAGUUUUCAUUGAUACAGAGGGAAGCUUUAUGGUAGACAGAGUGGUAGACAUUGCAGCUGCCUGUGUUCAGCACUGCCAGCUUAUUGCUGAAACACAUCAGGAAGAAGACUUUCAAAAAUCCCUGGAGACUUUCUCCCUUGAAAGUAUUCUUUCUCAUAUCUAUUACUUCCGUUGUCAUGACUACACAGAGCUGCUAGCACAGGUCUACCUCCUCCCAGACUUCCUUUCAGAGCAUUCAAAGGUCCGAUUGGUUAUUGUGGAUGGAAUUGCCUUUCCUUUUCGCCACGACUUUGAGGACCUCUCACUGCGAACGCGGCUUCUGAAUGGCUUAGCACAACAGUUGAUCAGCAUAGCAAAUGCUCAUAAAUUAGCUGUAGUUUUGACAAAUCAAAUGACAACAAGGAUUGGACAAAGUCAGUCCAUGUUGGUACCUGCUUUAGGGGAAAGCUGGGGACAUGCUGCUACCAUCCGUUUAAUCUUCCACUGGGACAACAAACAGAGGUUGGCAACAUUGUACAAAUCACCAAGUCAGAAGGAGUCGACCAUACCUUUCCAUAUUACACCUCAUGGCUUCCGGGAUGUGCAUCCUCCACCUCCAAGCCAGACCCCAGCAGAAGUUGAAAUUAACCCUCGAAAACGGCCACGGAUAGAAGGGGACAAACAAUAGUGAUACAAAGGAUAAACUUCAACAAAGGUGUCUUGCCUACCCUGUUUUUCCUGGAAGACAAUAUGAACCACUGGACUCCUAGUAAGAUUGUAAUAUCACAUGUACAAAGAAUGAAACCGGAACAAUUUAGCGGGGCAAGGAAUUUUUAGUCAGACUAUUUAAAACUUCUUGGGGUAGAUUCUCUGAUGAAUUCUGGCCCUUUUAUGCUGCUCUGGAAGAAAAAAGCAAAUGGAUCUAGCCUGCUGAGAAUUCCCCCAGCAUAGGGGAGCUCUCAGGUGGUGCUUGCCUGGCACAUCCAGUUCCUGAGUGGUUGAUGGCCUCUCUAUCCGAGCAUAAGGGGUAGGAAGCUGUUAGGAUAGGGUGUGACUGGAGUGCACUGUGCUACUACUAUCCCCUCUUGGAAUAUAGUCCUUUGGGCACUCUUGACAGCUGAUGUUAAAUUAGUGACCCCAGGCUGCUCUUACCUACCCUGGUGCUGAGACACAUCCACCCUGAGAAAUGGGGAGCCAUAACAGGCUCCCUGGUACCUUUUCUCUCUUUGCUGUGCAGAGCAGAAACUCAAUGGAGCAGAUUUUUUUGUCCUUGUUUUUAAUUUUGGUAAUGUCACUUUAAACAUUAGAAAAAUUCUUGACAAACAGGUAGUAGAAAAUAUUUCUUUGUGGAAGUCUCAAUACCCGUCCCUUCUUCGAACUCAUGAGCUGAGAAAACUCCUACUCCUGUUCUCUAGUUGUCCAGCAAAACUAGGAAGGACAACAUGACAUUCUUUAUAUUUCUAAAGCUAAAAUAAAGGAGAAUAAAAACACAUUUCUGAGAACAAAACCUUUCUAACCUUUCAAAUUCCACGAUGAAGUCAAAAAUCACACAAGCAUCUGUGAUUUCCUUUGGUGGUCACCUUUAAAUUCAUCUUCUAUUUGACAAUAUGCUGCAAUCCAAAGUCGUCUGCCCCAAAUUGCCUUGAUUUGUGAAUCCAUUUGCUUCAGCUAUGCUUGGGGCACAGGAACCAUUCAUAAUGCUGUUACUCAGCAGUCUGGAGUUCAUCAAAGCACUCUAGAAUUUAGCUCCCAGGGUUGCUGGAAACAAAAAACAUAAUGUAGGAGCCAAUCAUGUGACUUAUAUUCGUCCUAUACAAGACAGAAAACUGUAUUUGGAUUCUCCUUUCGGGACAGAAGCAAGAUAACAGUGAAGCUACUUGGUGGUAAUUGCACACCCACAGUGUCUUAUUGUGAAUCAAUGCCAGACUCUUGGCUGCCUAAUGUAGCCACACCACCCACGAUUGCCAUAUGGUCUGUACUGUAGGUUAAUGAGAAUGGUUCUUCAUCCCCCCCCCACCUCACCUCCCGAAACAAAUGUCACCCUGAUUUAGAUCCAUAACCUCUUAAUUUAAUACUAGAAACAAAAUAAUGCUAACUUGAUCUAUAGUACCAAAACCUAACCAAGUAUCCUGAGUACAAAGUUAUAUGCUAUUUAAUUUAAAUUAGUGUCCUUUGCAAUUACACAAAUGAUGGAAAACACAUGGGGACUGCAAGGUGAAUCACAGACAUCUGGUAACUUUAACAUAAUAUGAAACAGAACUGCUAUUCUCAAAUAUUUUCAUAUGGCGUUAAAGUAGACAAUUUUAUUUCUAUUUUUAUUUUUUUUUAGGAGUUAAGACAAAAUGAAGCAAGAAUCAAAGUAAAUUUUUGUUUAAACCUUCCUGGGCAAGUCUUAAUUGCUGUUUUGUAAUGCCAUAUGUAGAUGAUCAGACAGUUUGUUGAAAUAUGAAGUGCUUUCCUAAUAGUAUUAGUGUAAUGGUAAUUUUUAGAAUUGUGUAUUUUAUACGUGACAGAAAAUAUAUUAAUAUUUGCAGGAGCCUAAGCCACUGGAAACCCUAACAUCCCAUGAUUUACCAGUGGACUAUAACCAAUGAUCAGUGGCUCACUUGCAGCCCAUUUUUAGAUACUUAUAAUUCUCUACAGGUCUUUAACUCUUUAAUUGAUGUUGCAGUACUGUACACACAUGGACUUUCAAAAAAAAAAAAAUCAGCUGCAGCUGU